AUGGCGUUCCUGCAGAAUCGCUCUAUCUCGCUCGUGGACAUGUACAUCGACAAUUCGGAGCCAUCAGAGAAUGUGGGGCAGAUCCACUUCUCGCUGGAGUACGACUUUCAGAAUACAACCCUUAUUCUGAAGAUUAUACAGGGUAAAGAGCUCCCAGCUAAGGACCUGAGUGGUACCUCGGACCCUUACGUCCGUGUGACCCUCCUCCCUGAUAAGAAACAUCGCCUGGAGACCAAGAUAAAGCGACGCACUCUCAACCCACGCUGGAACGAGACAUUCUACUUCGAAGGAUUUCCGAUACAAAAACUCCAAGCCAGGGUUUUACAUUUGCACGUAUUUGAUUACGAUCGAUUCUCAAGAGAUGACUCCAUUGGUGAAGUUUUUCUCCCACUCUGUCAGGUUGACUUCAGCGAGAAACCUUCGUUCUGGAAAGCCCUCAAACCACCAGCUAAGGACAAAUGUGGGGAGUUAUUGACGUCGCUCUGCUACCACCCGAGCAACAGCGUUUUAACUCUGACACUACUCAAAGCCAGGAACCUCAAGGCAAAGGAUAUCAACGGCAAAUCUGACCCUUACGUAAAAGUGUGGCUACAGUUCGGCGACAAGCGCAUAGAGAAGCGCAAAACAGCUGUGUUCAAAUGCACCCUCAACCCGGUGUUCAACGACUCCUUCUCCUUCAACGUGCCAUGGGAGAAGAUAAGAGAGUGCUCUUUGGACGUGCAGGUUAUGGACUUCGACAAUAUUGGACGGAACGAGCUGAUCGGACGGAUAUUGUUAGCGGGUAAAAAACGGAUCGGGAGCGACAGAAACGAAACACUGGCAAGACAUGAUCACGAAGCCACGACAGACCAUAGUGCAGUGGCAUCGUCUGAAGCCAGAAUAAAUUGUUAA